AUGUCUGGGAAGAAGUUCGAGAAGAAAACGAGGAGGGAUGUUAAGGUGGACUUCCCCGCAACAUCCGCUCGUCGAUUUCGCAACGCAUACCUGGCAGCUGUGUUUGUUGUGUACGAAACGUCUUUGUUGAGAAAACGCGACUUCGCGCUAGGCGUCAAACCAGCCUUCGACCCCGUCGAGCUCAAGUGCUUGACUGGCGAAGCAACGCUACCGGAACAGCUAGUGUUCUCGUAA